CUAAUUAAUUUUUUGAGCUCCACAAAAAUAAACCCUAUUGAAAAAUGCUUCCCUAUCAACAAAGUUAUGACUUGGGUUUUGGAACCCCUCAAGGAUUCCAAAUCCAAGAUAUUGAUCCGGGUUUUGUAACCCCUCGGGGAUUCCCAAUCCAGGAUUAUCCAGGUUUUGGAACCCCUCAGGGAUUCCCAAUCCAGGAUGAUCCAGGUUUUGGAAACCCGUGUGGAUUCCAAAUCCAGGAUGAUCUGAUUGGGGAUUAUGAUUUCUUGGAAAAUAAUAUGAUCGAUUUUUCAGUGGAAAAUAGUAUGAUCGAUUUCUCAGCCGGCAAGAACGUCAAAGAAGUAAGCAAAACAACAGAUUUAACAAGCAAGAAGGAUGUGCAUCGCGAGAUCGAGAGGAAGAGGAGGAAAGAACUCUCAGAUCUUUAUGCUUCUCUCCGCUCUCAUCUUCCCCAUCAUAAGAUCAAGGGAAAGCAAAGUGUGUGUGAUCAUGUACAAGCUGCUACGAGCCACAUAAUACGGAUGGAGAAGAAGAUCCGAGAGCUCGAAAUUCGCAGGAACAAGCUGAAGAGUUGGGCGAAUAAAAGUACAGAUGAUGUGGAUGUAAAAAUGGUCUCAGAUGGAAUAAUUGAGAUUCUCGUAUCCAAUAGUGUCGAUGAUAAUUUAGGGUUGUCGCGAGUUUUUGCUGAGUUACAGAGAAAUGAGCUUGAUGUGGUUAGCAGUGUUUCGACCAGAACGAAGGACAGGUUUGUCCACAAAAUACAGGCUGAGGCCCUAGGUAUGGCAAAUCUUGGUGCUUUGGAGUUGCAAAACAGAUUGAGCAAGGCCAUCAAGUGAUUCAAUUUAUUUAAUAUUCUAUCAAUACUUUCAUUUGAGGUAUAGAGAUCUAGAAACACAAGGUUUCAAGUAUUUUUUUUUGAUGAACUUUUAUUUGUACCUAUAUUCUGUGUGACUUGUUAUUGUUGGAACUGCUUUGAUUUCUGCUGUUGGUAUGAAACUCUCUUGGAUUGUCGAAUGUCUAUCUAUUAUUAAUGAAAUUCAU